AUGGUCUUCAAACCGUUUACCCAUCUCGCACGUCAGAGUUUCACCAAAGCCUUCACCCAUGGCUAUGCUCAAUCGGUAGUUGCGGCGUCGCAGACGUCCUACGCGUCCUCCACCACAUUCAAUUCUCUCGCCAAUCAGCCGGCAAAGUUCUCCCGAACUGCUUUGCAAAAUGUAUUCCAACCCUCCAGUUCUUCCGGCGCUGGCGCCAAAGCCAGCCAAGGAGGCUCGGGCUCCGGUGACUUGGGUCUCGCGGCAUAUUAUGCCGCGUGGCAACAGGCCCAACAGACCGGGGAUGACAGUGAUUGGAAACAGUUUCAAGUGAAGCGAAAAUUGGGAUGGAAGCCGUCGACGCAGGAGGAAGGGGCAAAGUCUAAGGAGAAUAGCGUGAACUCGAAUCCUCACAACUCGCCCCAUCUCACGGCCUCGGCCAACGCCGAUGUUAGUGCUCAAGUAGAGGAAGCGGUAGCUCGGGAAAUUCAGAUUCAGGAAGAGCAAGCCCAAGCUGAGGAAGCAUCAGAAACUAGGGAGAACUCGGCCACAGAGGCAUUCCCUGAAUUACCACCAGACGUGGCCGCCAUCUCGGAUGCCUCUACGGAACAGGCACGUGUGGCUUCCGAUCAAAUUGUCCAGCUCGCUCUGUCAAAGCAGUACGCGGAGAUUCCCAGUGCUUUCGAGGCACUGCUCAGAGAUGGCAUGACUCCCACGGUCGGUGCCUAUAACGCUCUGCUGGAAUCGGCCGUACGGCUUCAUGGUGACACCGCUCACGCGAUUCCUAAAGCGCUGGAUGUCUACUCCGAUAUGCUCCGUCGCAGGGUAAUUCCCGAUGAUCAAACAUACCGGACUCUCGUUCAGCUCUUCGUGGAGCGUGCGCAUGAUGCCCUGAAGUCUAAGGCAUCGCUCGAGCAGGACCGAAUCCGCUACGGAGGGAUGGAAGAGCCUGGCAAGUUCAUGCUCCACUCGAGCGAAUUGGAACAAGCCAUUCUCGAUGAGGACCACUCACUCGGUAUUGCGAUCAAGCUCUUCGACACUGCCACUACAAGACACACCGAUCUCGUCUUCCCACUGGACACCUACAGCUACCUGAUCAUCGCCUGUGCCAAGGAGGGCCAGGUGGAGAAUAUGAUCCGCAUCUACGCCCACAUGGAGACCAAGAAGGUCACACCGCACGCCUCUAUCUUCCCAUCCAUGAUCGAUGCUUUCGCUUCUACUGGGGACCUCAAGAGCGCCGUGGAGUGCUACAAUGAGUAUAAGGCUCUGGCGGUUUCAGACGAUAAUGGUACUUUCAGCAUUGUUAAGCGCCUGGACGGCCAAGUCUAUGCCGCGUUGGUCAAAGCGUAUCUAUCGUGUGGUAAGGAAAAGGAGGCCUUGCGCUUUUUGGAGCGGAUCCGAGCCUCUUUCGAUGAGGUGACAGAAAAUCGAGAAUCUCGGAAAGAUGCAGUUGAAACGGUGAUUGUUCGAGAUGGCCUUGUUUCGCACUCCCUAAAAUCGGGUGAGCAUGAUAAAGCGUUGAGUCAAGCUAAGACACGGUUGCGCGAUGGGGCCCUGGAUCAUGCCAUUGCCGAAAUCUGCAUGGCUGCGGCGGAUGCCGGUAACCUCAAAACGGCUUCCGAAGCAUACGAUUCUCUGCCUACUGAUAACGCAAAACGUCAUGGCCCUGCUAUCUCGAUGCUGGCAUUAUACGUGCGUCAAGGCAACGUGUCGGCGGCUAGGCCCCUGUGGGUGAUGCUAAGCACCGUGGGUCAGACAACACCGGACAUGGUUCAGCCGACGGCAAUGUAUUCGGUGGCCUUAUUGAAGAGUGGUCAGAUCGAGGAGGCGUUAAUUGAAGCCCGUAAUAUGUUUGGGCGGAUCCGCAACGCCUUGAUCGACAACUCUUAUCUACUCAACUCCGCCCGGGAGCAGAUCAAUGAAAGUCUUCAUCUCAUCGGUCGCGUUCUUAUUCAGACUGCUGCUGUCCUCACUCCUCAAGCUGUCAUGACUCUCCUCUGGUCAAUGGUCGAGAAUGGCGGACUGGUUUCCCCGGUCGCUGAUCACGCUGUCGCCAGCCUCGGUCCCAUUGCCAUCCAACAACUCAACCCCCGCGAUUUAACCCUUGCACUCCAGGUUCAGGCAGGCAUGCUCGUCAACAGCUCUGCGUCUUUGGACGUUGCCCACCCAAUCCGCUUCUCACACAUGCUCGACAUUGCUUUGGCUACCGGACUUCAAAUGGACCCGUACACUACCCGUGUCGUCGACCAGGCCGUUGGGAAGCUAUUCAACAGCCGCCCGGACAUGGUAAGAAGAUGGCACGACCACCUUGGACUAACCUCCAGCCCCUCUUCGUUCCUGUCCGAUCGCCACACUCCGGUCUCUGAGAUGUCGUCGACCAUGACCUCAGCACCCAGCGAAGACUCGUUCGACCCGUACGCCUAUGCCACCGACUUCAAAGGCUCUGCGUUGAUUGCCGAACAGUUGGAAAGCACGAGCGGUCGGCCGGAGUCUCAUCUCAACGAGGCCUUGACUCGAUUGCGGACCAUGCGCCGCUCUGGCCGUCAUCCUCGCUACAUUACCUAUGCCAAACUGAUCACCGCCGCCGCUAAAUGUCAUCGCAGCGAUCUGGUCCAUGAGAUUCUCAGCAUGGCUCGGCGCGAUGUCCCUCUUCUGCAUCAGUAUCAUGCUGUCAAGUACGGUUGGGUGUCUAUCCUUGAUGCCAUGGUUGCUUCCUGCCUUACCCUAGGUGACCGCAGUCUCGCCUCCAAGUAUCACCAGGAGCUUUCCGAACUCGGCUCGGCCCCUUCCGCCAACACCUUCGGUCUUUACAUCACAACACUCAAGGAAUCCAUCAAGACCUUUGAUGAAGCAACGGAAGCCCUGAAGAUCUUCCACCGUGCGGUUGCCGAAGGUGUUGAGCCCACUUCAUUCUUGUACAACGCCUUGAUCGGUAAGCUUGGCAAAGCUCGCCGUAUUGACGACUGUCUUCUGUACUUCGCCGAGAUGCGUGCCAACGGUGUCCGACCAACCAGUGUCACCUACGGAACCAUUGUGAACGCCCUUUGUCGAGUCAGCGAUGAACGGUUCGCCGAGGAGAUGUUCGAGGAGAUGGAGUCGAUGCCCAACUACAAGCCUCGCCCCGCCCCCUACAACUCCAUGAUUCACAAGGUUCUUGCAUACUAUGAGCGUAUGCUCAGCCGUAACAUCAAACCUACCAUGCACACCUACAAGCUACUCAUCGACGCCUAUGCCUCUCUGGAGCCUGUGGAUAUGAAGGCUGCGGAGAAUGCCGUGCACUAUGCAUCCCUCAUCCAUGCUCAUGGCUGUGUGAUGCAUGACAUGGAGGCUGCCCAGCAGGUUUUCGAGUCGCCUUGCCUAUACCAAGCCCUUCUAGAGGCUAUGGUGGCCAACCACCAGGUCGCACAGACGGAGGAGAUUGUGAAGGACAUGGCCCAGCGUCGAGGAUGGGCUACUGAGGGCAACGUUAACAAAGCCAAGGCCGUCUACGAUAGCGUUGGUGUGGACAAGCGGGAGCCUAGCACGUACGAGGCUAUGACUCGUGCCUUCCUUAUGGCUAACGAGCGCGAGGAUGCCUCUCGCAUCGUGCAGGAGAUGCUCAAGAUCGUUGAUCUUGUCGGUGGUGGUGCUACACUGUCAUCUUCGGCUCAUUCAUCGUUCCGUCACAUUCAAUUCGCUCAGGGUUAUCUUAAAACCCCGCGACGUCUAGCCACCAUGAACUCAGGGAGUCCAACUGCUGACCAUGCCAGCCCUGGUGGUGACCAUGGAAAACACCCCAGAAAGCUGAUCUUCGCACCAGGUGACAUCGACGUCUCCACCCCCAAUGACCAGAGGACGCCCGCCAAACAGCCAGAUACUGUUACGCCCACAAGUGUUUCUCGCCUCAUCGCUGAGGCUCUCCGCUCGGAGACCUCCACGCCUGACUCUGUCACUGAAAAUGAGAUCGUCUCCCACCCCUCUCGCGCACAUCAGUUCGUGACCAACCCGCCCCUCACCGUCUCCCAGAUGCACCCCACCAACCCGCUCCACCAAUUCCACACCUGGUUCCGCGAUCCACGGUUGUCAGCAUCAUCGGCCCCGGAGACUUGUACCCUGGCUACAGCGUCUUUGCCCUCGGGUCGGGUGAGUGCGCGCAUUGUAUAUCUGAAGGAGCUCGACGAGCGGGGCUGGGUAGUCUAUAGUAACUGGGGCAGUCGGCAAGGGAAGGGUGCACAGGUCUUCGGCACCCAGAUUGAUGCAGACAGCGUUCUGGGCGCCAUGCCUGAGCCAGACGCAGAGGACGGGGAAAUGCCCCAAGGCAACAAGUGGGCGGCUCUCACAUUCAGCUGGUCAACUACCGAACGGCAGGUGCGUAUCGAAGGCCUCAUUGAACCCCUCAGCCGCGAAGAGAGCGAACUAUACUGGCGGACCCGCGAACGGGGCAGCCAGAUCGGCGGCUGGGCCAGCUGGCAGAGCAAGGUGCUCUGGUCCGCGGAGCCGGACAGUUUGAUCGAGCAGCGGCGGAAGAGUCUUGCGCAGGAUGUGUACCCCCAGGCUCAGAUCCCGGGUGACGUGAACGAGACAGACAUCGAUGAUGGUCGGGCGCUGCUAGAGAAACGGGUGCGGGAAAUAGAGGAGAGGUUCGCAAACACGGACCAGAUCCCGUUGCCUCCUUUCUGGGGCGGCGUGCGCCUGGUGCCCGAGUCCGUGGAGUUCUGGCAGGGACGGCGUAGUCGACUGCAUGAUCGGUUCCGGUAUGUGAGGGUGCAUGAUCCGAAAAGUGAUUCGUAUAAGUGGCGGAUUGAGCGGCUGUCGCCAUAG